CAGAGAUUUUUGCCCAGCUCUGAAUCCGCAUUUACGACGCACAUAGAGGCCCUUUCAGCUGUGCAACAGCGGUUGAGGCUCAGCAACAAACAGUUCUAGCUGCACGAGAGCCUGCAGCGCCCACGGCAUCGCGCUGCAAGAGUUCUGCGCGUGUGACAUCAUAUCAAAAAAAGGUGUUCUUCGAGGCGCAAACGCGUUAUUUGAAGCACCUCCCCAGCGCACGCGGUCGCCGUGCCAAAGCACACCUACUACGCAGCCGCUCACCAAGUGAAACCGCCAGAAGAACGUCUGAAAGCAUGUCCCUACACCGAGUAGGCCUCUGCGGCGUCGACGACAGCGUCGACCCGAGCUUAUUGAGUGCCAUCGUGAGCCGCUGGCCGCGUGUGGAACUCGGCGUGCUCUUCCGGCCGGGCAAAGAAGGCCAACCUAGAUUCCCCACGAGAAGGUGGCUCGAGCAGCUCGCGAAAACCGCACGGAACACGAGCCCGCCGGCGCAGCUCGCCGGCCAUUUGUGCGGCUCCGCCGUCGACGACGUCCUGCAACGGGGCGACGUCGCCUUCGUGCAGACGCUCGUCGGGCUGGGCUUCCGGCGCGUGCAGCUCAACGCGACGGCGCCGAACGGCUGCAAGACCGCCGAGGACCCCUCACUACUUGCAAAAGCAGCUCAACAAGUCCGAAAGGCCUGCUCACUCGUUCCCGAAGUCGAGUUCAUCGUCCAGGCCAACGACGAGACGGCGCCGCUCUGGCGCGCGUUGCUGGACGAGCCGCCGGCCAACCUGUCGCUGCUGUGGGACGCGUCCUGCGGCCGUGGUCAUACGUUAGAUGCGUCUCUUACAACAGUAGAAACGUCAAUCCCGCAGGGUUUUGCGGGAGGCUUAAACAGGGACAACGUCGCUACCGUCUUAGAUCAAUUACGGAAGGGCGCCGCUAGAGGUAGAUCAAUCUGGAUCGACAUGGAGAGCGGUCUGAGGAGUGAUAUAGACGGCUCGGAGCGCUUCGACGUGAAUCGGGCCUGGGCGGUCUGCGCUGCAUUGGACGCGAUUGGCUGGGACGACCCCGACGCCCCAAGUCCUUCACCUGUAACCUACGACCUGCCGCCUCAAACAACUUUGAUCAAGCACGCCCUCGCGGCGCACAAGGUCACUUUACUAAGAGACCGCAGGACGAAGCCGCGCGACUUCCGCGGGCUGCUGCGGGAGCUUGCGAGCUACGUGGGCUACGAGGCGACGCGAUCCUUGUCGACGGUGCCGCGCCACGACUGCGUCACGCCGCGCGGCGUCCACGUUCCUGCUGAUGGUAGAGCGACGCGGCUCGCCGCGAGGUGUGCCUUAGUGCCUAUAAUGAGGGCAGGAUUAGGCAUGGUCGAGAGCAUGCAAGCUUUGCUGCCGAACGCGGCCGUGCACCAGAUCGGCAUGUUCAAGCGGAGCGGGAGUGAUCGGCCCGUCGAGUACUACUCGCGACUCCCGAAGCACGGCGGCGAUAGUUGUGAUAUCGCCUUCAUCUUGGAUCCUGUGGUGGCCACUGCAAAAACGAUGACUCCCGUCAUCGCCAAGCUCAAGGCCUGGGGCGCGCACCGCAUCGUGGCGUGCACGGUGCUCGCGUCGGCCGCUGUGUGGAAAUCAACCAGUGCGUCCUGGCUCCGUCGAGCGGUGGGGAACCGGCAUCGCCACGCCAUCGAGCAGGUGUCGCGCCGUAAAAUUUGAUUUCCACACAGGUCGGCCGAAGGCCUGCGGGCGCUCCACGAGGCGCAUCCAGACGUCGAGGUCUACGCCAUACAAGUGGACGGGCGAUUGGCGCGAGAUGGUGGGCUCUUACCUGGGUUGGGGGAUGCCGGGGAUCGGUUGUUCGGAGCUACUGGAGUGUUAUCUGCAAAAGACAUCGUCGCCAACGAGGCCCUCGAGAAGCAGUUGGCGUUGGGCGCGACGUACGCCUGGGAGGAGGCCGGGGCGCGGCCUACGAGACCGAGACGGCCGCGCGCCGACUCGGCUGAAAGUCUCACACGUGUUAGAUCGGAGCCUUCCACCCUCAUACUAGGAGACGUCUCCGGUAAUACUGGAGAGAUCCCCUUACCAAAAUCGGAGGACGAGGCGGCCACGCAGCUCACGACGCACGAUGGGAGUUUCGGGCCCGAUCCCUGUAGAAUGAGGUGGGGCGCCACGACACCGUCGGACCGAGGCCCGGUCCUGGCGACGACGCGACAUACGACGCAACGCAACGCCAUCGGUGCGCAUGCUGGUGGUUAUUCCGUGUAUCGCGCGUUAGCGGUGGCCGCGGGGAAAAUUGAUAGAGAUGCCUUACCGCAGUUGGGCUUGACGACGCCGGCCGCCAAGAUCGGUCCUCAUGAAGCGUGGCGCAACUCCGACGCUAUUGUUACUAUGGAUCCCUGGGGCCACGCCAUCUCCGAGGGCUUCGGCGCUUGGCUCGACAAGGGCUAUGACGUGAGACCGACGAUCGCCAUCACGAAAGCUCACGUCCAACUCCCGGAGUGCUUGGAGGCCCUGCGCAUGCAAAGGCUGACUCCCGAUGGGACCGUUUUGACGGACGACGGUACUUCAGUCGUCACCAAAGCAGCCAUCGAGCCGGUCUGGUACCUGCCGGGCGUGGCGAAGCGGUUUGGGGUUUCUGAGAGGGUUUUGCGCGAUGCGCUGUUCGCGGAGACGAACUCGAUGUAUCCUGAGUUAAUCUCGAGGGACGAUUUGAAGAUCUUCCUGCCGCCCAUCGGCGGCAUGACGGCUUAUAUAUGGGGCGACGCGUCCAAAAUAGAAGACGAGGACGUCGAAUUGACAGUGAGGGUCCACGACGAGUGCAACGGGAGUGAUGUGUUUGGCAGCGACAUCUGUACCUGUAGACCGUACCUCACGCACGCCAUCGAGGAGUGCAUCAAGACGGCGCAGCGCGGCGGCACGGGCGUUGUGGUGUAUUUCCGCAAGGAAGGUAGGGCCCUCGGCGAGGUCACCAAAUACCUAGUGUACAACAUGCGCAAGCGUCAAGAAGGAGGGGAUAAAGCCAAGGAGUACUUCAACUGCACUCAAAGUGUUGCCGGUGUUCAAGAUACGCGUUUUCAAGCUCUGAUGCCGGACGUCCUGCACUGGCUCGGCAUCACGAAGAUCCACAACUUUAUUAGUAUGUCGGACAUGAAGUACAACGCCAUCGUCGAGUCCGGUAUUAAAAUAGUGAACCGCGUCGAGAUCCCGCCGGAGAUGGUGCCCAAGGACGCCCAGGUCGAGAUCGCGGCGAAGGUCUUCCACGGCUACCACGCCGGCGCGGGCUACGCCGGCAUGGACGAGAAGCGCUUGGACGGGGUCGUCGGCCGGGAGUACGUGCCGGACCCGUCGGCGCAGCGCGUCGCCUGAGGCCCUAUCCGGCCGUGCGCACAAGGCGCUUGUCUAUAAGAAUCGACUAAUACACACCCCCCAUACGCCGUCGGGCAGGUUCGAUGGCACAUUAUUUCACACACGCGUCAG